AUGCUCUGGUGUAAACCGUGUCUGAAGUCCAAGGCCAAUCAGUUGGAUGCACUGGACAGAAUCGGACCGGUCGAGCAAUUUGAUUUGGCUCUCGACCAUUCUGAACGUAAUUUGUUCCUUGGAUCUUCAAGUGGAUCCGGACCCGGACCAUUGAAUCAGCUCACUACUGAACCGUCAGUUGCACCAGUGGCAUCAGGAGUGUCUGUAGUUGAAACCACAGUCAACUCAUCUGUUCCUGCGAUUGCAUCUGUACCAAAUGUGGCAACCAACUCGAGGAGUGUUAAUCUACUAGUGUCUGGGAUUCAACAGCAGCAUCAGCGAAAAUCGCAACAACAACAACAGCCACAGAUCGAUCGAACUGCGCUCAUAAUGGGAAGCAGCGAGUGGCGUGAAGUUCCUCUCACUAGGCUACUGGUCAUGAUCGGAAAGGUGAAUAGCCUCCUGGAGGACUUGAUGACCGGCGGUUUGUGUAUUGAUGGUUGCCCGGUAUGCAGUCAGCCUAUUGAAACUCUGUUACCUAUUAUUGUUUCAUGUGCCGGUGUCGAACAACAAGCAAGUUUUACACGCGAAUUGGAGCUUACCAAUACUGUGGUAACGGAAACCAAUCUGGCGACUAGCAAUAAUUUGUCGACAUCGUUCUGUCUGCCACAACCGUCGAACAAUCAAAACGCUGGAGUAUUUGACCGAGGCCAGCGAGAUGAUGAUCUUUUACCCUCCACUUCUACCACUGCACUGACAAGAUCGGAUCGUGGAACGCUAGAUUUACAUCCGGCUACGACUCAACAGGCUAUCACUCCGAACAAUCGACUACAUCAUCAGACACCGGGUCGCGCAGACCCAGCUCUUCGAAAACGAAACGCACGACCACAGUUGUGCGAGCGUGAGCUGAGCAAACUGAAGCAUGAGUUGCAAGUGAUGCGAGAACAAAUCCGUUGCCCAAUUUGUCUAGAUAGAUCGCGAAAUUUGGUGUUUAUGUGCGGUCAUGCCACUUGUCAAUGGUGUGGUGAUCAGGUUACCGCUUGUCCAAUAUGUCGUAGAGCCGUGGAGAGUCGAAUUAUUCUGUAUUGA